AUGAGCCAGUUGCUCGGGUCUAAGGCCCAGCUCGGACUCCGAGGCUCGGCACAGGGAGGGCAAGCCGUAGCGCUCUUCCAAGAGGGCGAUGUUGACAGGGGCAUUUGGGACACGCUGGGAGGAAUGCUGCACAAAGCCGAGCAGAAUGUGGGAGACGUGCAGAAGACAGUCUUGGACACCAUCGUGUCCCAGUCAGACGCUGCUCUGGAUGAUUUCGACAAGGCCGUCAACAAAUUUGCAGCCGAUGCAGAGGAGGCCGAGACGAAGUUCGUGAAUCAUGCCAACAUGACCAUCCAAGAGCAGGUCGAGAUCGUUAAGAAGAAGGUAGCAUCGGUGAUGGACAAAUGCCGUGUGUUUUGGCGCGAGUACAAGCAGCAGGCCAUCCGACUGCAGCACAUCGCCGUAGGGACCCUGUCGACGGUGGGCCAAAUAGACACGGCCAUCAAGCUGAACAGUACGCUCGUGGGUUUGCUGGCCGGAAUCGACAAUGCGGCAGACAUGACAUUGGCCGUGGCCAAGGACGCCCGUUCGGUAACUGCAGACUCUGCAUCCUGCGCCGUGCUCAAGCUGAACGCGACACUCAGCCAGGCCACUGACAGAGUCAGCAGCGUCACUAAGCAGUUCGACGACUUCUUCCAGCUGGUGGACGAGAAGUUCCAGGCGCUUGCCAAGAAGCUUCCAGCGGGCCUGACAGAAGAGGUAGUGCAGGCAGUUGCACAAAUGAGGAAGCGAGGCUUGGAGACCUCCGCGAACCUUUUGAGGGUCUACGACACUGCCGCACAGAAGCAGAUCCAGGUCAUCAACCGCCUCCAGGACACUUGCACGGCAGAAGGGAAGGGAUGUGGAGGCGGAGGGCUCUUCAACAACAUCAAGAACUUCUUCAAGCACCUCUUCCAUCACUGA